GCCAUGUUUACUGCUGCUGUCAAUGGGAGCGACUGCUGACUAGUAUACACAGCGGGGAUAUAUGGACAGUUAUGCGCACACUCAAUGCGUACAGCCGCUUACUUUGCAGGCGCGGUUUCAAUAUGGCGCACGAAUAUUUUGAUGAGGGUAUCCCAUCUUUACAAGAGGACAGUGACAGUGGCGAUGGCGGGGAUGAAUGGGAGGAGGUAGAUGACGACUGUCCGUCCGUCACUGUCAAUUGCCUUUUCUGUGAUGAAAAUUUUGAAAAUGCAUCUUCAGUGUGGGCUCAUUGUGAUCAAGGCCAUGGCUUUGAUAUCUCAAAAGUUAAGCAGAAAUUUGGGCUCGAUUGUUAUGGAUGUAUCAAGCUAAUCAAUUAUAUCAGGAAAAUGAGUUGUGCGCCUGCUAGCGUGUUUGCAGCUUCAGCCCCGUUUCCCUGGGACGACAACAAAUUCCUGCAACCUGUUAUUGCAGAUGAUGGCCUACUGUGGGAUGACUUUGAGGAUGAGGAUCAAGAAGAAAAGCCUUCUCUCACUGACAACACCUUGAGUAAUGGAAGAACAUGUGAAGAAACAGUGCCUCUGCAAGACUAUCUUACUCUUAAAAAAAGACUGUGUGUAAUGGAGGAUAAACUGUCGAGAGCAGAUGCUGACUUGAUGAAAGCAAGAGAUGAUAUCUCACAACUGAGAUGUGUUGCCAAGUCAUUCCUGGAUGAAGGUGACAAUACCAACCCAAGAUCUUCCACAAGCCAGAAAAAAGUAUCAGAUAUGGAGGAUGAUGAGGAUAGUGCUUAUUUCAGCUCUUAUUCUCAUUUUGGCAUCCAUGAAGAAAUGCUUAAGGACAAAGUGAGAACAGAAAGCUAUCGAGACUUCAUAUAUGGGAACCCUGAUAUCUUUAAAGAUAAGGUCGUUCUUGAUGUCGGGUGUGGUACCGGAAUUCUCUCGAUGUUUGCUGCUAGGUCUGGUGCUCGGCAAGUGAUAGGAAUUGAUCAGUCUGAAAUCAUCUACCAAGCCAUGGAUAUUAUAAGGGAGAAUGGUUUUGAGAAAACCAUUACCCUCAUCAAAGGAAAAGCAGAGGAAGUAACUCUACCUGUGGAACAGGUUGAUGUUAUUAUAUCUGAAUGGAUGGGAUAUUUUCUGCUGUUCGAAUCCAUGUUGGACACUGUUCUCUUUUGCCGUGACAAGUGGCUUAACCCACAAGGAUCAGUGUAUCCAGACAAAUGUACAAUGCAUCUGGUUGCCAUCGGAACCGGUGAAAAGAAGCAGCCUAGAAUCCACUUCUGGGAUGAUGUCUACGGAUUUAAAAUGUCAUGUAUGAAAAAAACUGUGAGUAAGGAGGCCGCCAUAGAAACCGUUGACGUAGACGCUUUGAUAUCAACGCAUUGCACCAUCAAGAGCAUUGACAUCAACUCGUGCAAAAAGGAAGACCUGAACUUUAUUUCCUCGUUUCGAUUUGAAAUAAAGAAACCCGACUUCUUUACGGGUAUAGUUUCUUACUUUGAUAUUUUCUUCGAACAAGAGGCCAAAGAGAAGGUUGUGUUUUCCACUAGCCCCGCCCACACGCUAACACACUGGAAGCAAGCAAUCUUUUACUUUCAAAAUCCUAUUCCAGUAACGCAAGGUCAAAUUUUAACAGGACACAUUUCAUGCUACAAGAACUUAAAAGAGCCACGUUCGCUUGACGUUAGAAUCGAGGUGGUUGAUAAGGGAACAGAAAAGGUGCUCUGUGAUCAGGAAUUUCUACUUCAAUAAGACCUAGAUUUGACUUUAAACGUGGAAUUACGGAAAUCUUAUGUAUGAAUUGCUUGGACACAUUUACAUUACAUUAUGAAGACUGGAAUUCUUGUGAUAGGCGAGUCAAGUGUGGAUUGCAUUUACAUCUCUAAAACAAUACUGGAAUUUGAGUAAUUUUAUUUGUAAAAUCUUGGACACCUUCAUUACUGUUUAGAGAAUGGAACUCAGAGUAUUGUAAUAAGUAACUUGUGGAUUGCCUGGACGCUUCAAAACUACUGUACGGAGACACAAAUUCCGGCAACUCUGACUUGUCACAGUGAGGUGUUUUACUUUGAUAAUUCCUGGUUUUGCGCUUCAAUUAGAACUGUGCAUGUGUGACUCAUGUGAUGUCAUCCAAUCUGAGAGAUGAGUGGUGAUGUUUAUGAGCUCAUGUUAGAAUACUUUCCAAUAACAAUGCUAAUAAAGUAUUUAUGGUUAAGUUGA